AUGAAUGCUUAUAUUAGCGUGGACAGACUCCACUCUGCCGCUACACAAUCUUCAAGCUACCAACUGAAAGAUAAAUACAAGAGACCAAGAAGUACCCACCAUCAUUGUUUACCGAUUAUUAAUCGCUUUCAUUUGCUCUGUCAAUGGCUUAAGAUGUGUGACGAGCAGCAUUCAUGCAUUGACAGACAUCAGGCUGUGCCAUCACGCGCUAUUUUUGUGGGAAAGAAUCACUCAGAUCAGCUGCAACUUCAGCUGUCAGCAGGUCUAACACACCCAUUUGACUAUAUAUCAUUAUCGCACUGCUGGGGCAAACCGACAGAUGGGGAGAAGAAGCAAUUCUGUACCACACCUGAACAUUAUAAUGAACGAUUGACUGGGUUCAGCUAUCGCAGCCUUCCAAAGGUUUUCCAAGACUUUAUCACAGUGACCCGAGAACUUAACAAACAAUAUCUCUGGAUUGAUGCGCUGUGUAUCAAACAGGGAGACAGGGAGGAUUGGGAGAGGGAAGCAUCUAGUUGGAAUGACGGGUUCCUUGAUCGCACUCAGGAUUGCGGACGAUCACAGGGAGCCACUUCUAAUGCAAAAGACAUUGAUGAUUUCCUGCUGCAAGAAAGAGCACUUUCUCGCCGAACCAUCUAUUUUACUUUACAUCAGACAUACUGGGUCAAACCAAGAUGUACCAGAUUAUAUCUGCUUGAUCCACAAUUUCCUAAAAGCCUCUUAACUUCAGGCUAUGGAUCGACAGCCUCAUUUCGUAUUGCAAAUGCUUUAUCUACUGAAGUCAGCUUCGGAGUCAUCCAUUGCAUUCUUCCUCGGUUUCUCUUGUGGAAGCGGGCUGGCAAGCAUUUAGCUCCUAUUCGUUACAAGGAUAAAAAUGUACCCUCAUGGGCUCCAAGACCUAACAGCCUAGGAUUUGACGAGUCAGAGCACGGCAUCAAUAUCCAAGUUCGACAUUUUCAAGGUUGUUAUACGAAAGGAAAGAAUGGGAAGCAUAUGAUAUUCCGCAGUAAAGAUAAAGUUGGCUUCCUCUACUUCGAUAUGGAUUCGGCGGUCAAGGUUAAGUCUCAGGACUGUGCUGUCAUCGGGGUCAGUGAAGAUGAUGAUAACGAUGACCCUGACAAGGAAUACUAUAUACUUGCAGUACGAAAAACAUCAGGAAAGGAAGAUUAUGAAAGACUGGGGGCUGGGCGAGUGCGAGCACACUACGGUUCGAAAAGGAGUACUUCUGGAAAGCUUCUGUGA